CUGAAUGGUUGCAUGAUUAUUACUAAAAUUUUCUCCUUCGGUCUACUCGUUGAUGCUGGAGGGAAAUAUUGCAGUGAUUAGGAUAUAGAAACCCUGUUAAUUGAUCGGGGUUCAUGAAUUUUCUCUGAUGGCGUUUGCAAUCCAGAAUAUUCAAGCUCAUGAGUUGAUUUGUGGCCUAUGGCUCAUCUAUGAACAUUAUCUGACCGUUCUUGAAUGUACACCCAAUAUCUGGUGACAUUUUCUAGCUAGUAGUUUGGUUGCAAUUCCUGCACUCGUUGGUAGAGUAGUAUUACCCAACAAUUACUCUGCUUUACGGGGAAUAGGGUGGGGGGAGGACGAUGAGGAUUGAAAAUAGUCAACAACACAGUGGACCAAAUCAUAGGUUGAUUUACGGGGCUUUGAGUUGAUGUUAAUCCAUUUAAACCUCUGCUAGUCUUGUUCAAAGUCAGAGGGAGGAGGUUCAGGACGGAGUCCAAGGGCAUCAUGACUCAAUCUAGUGUCUUCCUUGCAGAAAAUAUGGACACUAGCUCAAAAGGGUGACAAGAUAGGCCACUGCCAAGAGAUGGAGAAGUAUCAAAUUUUUUAGAGCAGGAUGGAGAUUUGGUGGAAGCUUUCACUUGAUAGGAGCAUUCCGUGCACGAUGGUCCUUCUGUGGGGAGGUUGAACCAAAGAAUGUACCGUCUACUUGCUUUCCAAUGUUGAUGAUAUUAUUGUUAUAGCGAGCUCUUGUGAGCUAUUUCAGUCUCUUAUUAAUCAACUAAGUAACAAAUUUUCGCUAUAAUUUCUUGGUUCAUUAGACUAGUUUUGGGGCAUAGAUCAAGUUACCUAAGAAAUAUUAUGGAUUCAAAUUCUUCUCAGUGAACUUGGGAUCAUUUUUCUCCCACGGUAUUAUGUGAUAACUGUAGGUCUUGCUUAUAAUCCUGUUGUACAUGCUAGAACCAAAUAUAUGGAGAUUGACCAGUAAUUUGUCCGAGAAAAAGUAUUAGCCAAGCAGCAACUAUCUGUUCAACAUAUUCCAGCUUAGGAUCAAUGGCAGAUGCUUUGACAAAGCCACUUUCCCCAACUGGCUUUCUGUUCUUGAGUGACAAACUCAAAAGUGCUUGAGUCUCUUCUCAAAGAACAACCUACCACCUUGAGUUUGUGGGAGAAGAGAGGAAACGUCGAGACCAAGAAUGUGGACAAAUGAAGUCUCUUGUACAAGAUCUGGAAAGAAAAGACCUACAGAGGCUGACUGAUAAAAUGCAGGUUCCGGUGGCUGCUGUUGUGAUCAUUGCAUGUAAUCGUGCUGAUUACCUGGAGAGGACUAUUAAGUCUGUGUUAAAAUACCAAAGGCCUAUUUCUUCAAGAUUUCCUUUAUUUGUAUCUCAGGAUGGAUCAAAUCCAGAUGUUAAAAGUACGACUUUGAGCUAUGAUCAGUUAUCUUAUAUGCAGCACUUGGAUUUUGAACCAGUUCAAACUGAACGACCAGGAGAGUUAAUUGCUUACUACAAAAUUGCACGUCAUUACAAGUGGGCUUUAGAUCAGCUGUUCUACAAGCAUAACUUCAGCCGAGUAAUCAUCCUUGAAGAUGACAUGGAUAUAGCUGCUGAUUUCUUUGAUUAUUUUGAAGCUGCAGCAAUGCUCCUUGACAAGGAUAAGUCCAUUAUGGCUGUUUCCUCGUGGAAUGAUAAUGGACAAAAGCAGUUUGUACAUGAUCCGUAUGAACUUUAUCGAUCAGAUUUCUUUCCUGGGUUAGGAUGGAUGCUGGCCAGAUCUAUAUGGGAUGAGUUAUCACCAAAAUGGCCUAGGGCUUACUGGGAUGACUGGUUGAGACUAAAAGAAAAUCACAAAGGACGACAGUUUAUCCGACCUGAAGUGUGCAGAACAUAUAAUUUUGGUGAGCAUGGUUCUAGUUUGGGACAGUAUUUUAAGCAAUAUCUGGAGCCAAUCAAGCUGAAUGAUGUCAAGGUUAACUGGAGAUCAAUGGAUUUGAGCUAUUUACUGGAGGAUAAGUAUUCUAUGCAUUUUGCCAAUACUGUUAAGAAAGCUACACCUGUCUAUGGAGCUGGCGUGGUUCUAAAGGCAUAUAAUAUAGAUGGUGAUGUGCGUAUCAAAUAUAGAGAUCAGUCAGACUUUGAAAACAUUGCUCGCCAAUUUGGUAUAUUUCAAGAGUGGAAGGAUGGAGUACCGAGGACAGCCUAUAAAGGAGUAGUCGUUUUCAGACAUCAAACUUCGCGACGUAUAUUCCUCAUUGGUCCAGAGUCUUUGAAGCUACUUCAGAUUGAAGAGUCUUAAUGCUGGAUGAGGAAGGAAAAUACUGACAAUGUAAGAGAGUAGUUGUUUUCAGAUAUCAACGGAAGUGUUGCGGAGUUAUUGGUAUUGAGCUUAAAGUGGCAUAGGAAGAAGCUACGUUCUGUUUGCCGAUGCAUUCUUGAACAAAAUUAGCGGCCAUAGCGGGUAUCUUGUAGAGACAGAUUUUGUCUUAUGAUGGCUUGAGGUCCUCAUGUAUCCCUACUCUCCAUUCAUGUGACAGAAAAACGGAAUGGUGAAUGUUUAUGUCAAAGCGACGUUGAAGAAGAUCAAUUUAUUUUUAUUUUUCAUAUAUGUAGUUUGCUUUAUUUGUAGAAGUUAAAAGAAUGUGAGAACACUUUUGUGAGACAAAAACGCCUUUCCUUACUUUGUCAUUUUUCAUUGUGUGAGAGUUUGAACUUACGGCAACUCAGCCGUGGCACGAGAUCAACGCUCUGCAGAGCAAAACCACAAAUGAACUACGCAAGUCACAUAGAGCGCCUAGAGGCGACCAGGAGCUUGAAUUUGGCAGAAAUUAAAAUUUUUAUGAAUUAUAAUUUUUUUUAUACUCUA